AUGCCGGCCCCAACAGCACUCCUCAGGCGCCCUGAGGAAAUGGCGUCUAUGGAAGCCUCAACAGCAGCCCCUCGUGUCCCAAACCAAGAUGAUGAAAUUUUGAUUGAUGCACAAGAUUGUGCCGAGAAUGAUCUCUCGAAUAACCCUCCUACGGUACCGGUCCAGGACUCGGAAAUGCGCAUUGAUGAAGAGGGUCGCCCCGUUUUUACGCCAGAGACGAACACCAACAGCGUAUAUCGCGUCGAAACUCGAAAAGUGCCAGUACCACCGCAUCGUAUGACGCCUCUGAAAGCAAAUUGGCCAAAGAUAUAUCCUCCACUCGUUGAACAUCUGAAGUUGCAAGUGCGCAUGAACAUCAAGAACAAGGCAGUUGAAUUGCGUACCUCGAAGUUUACUACGGACACGGGAGCCUUACAGAAAGGCGAAGACUUCAUUAAAGCUUUCACCCUUGGGUUUGAUGUCGACGAUGCCAUCGCGUUGUUGAGGUUGGACGAUCUGUACAUCCAAUCCUUUGAAUUGAAGGACGUCAAGGGUUCAUUGAAUGGCGAACAUAUUGGCCGUGCAAUUGGUCGGAUCGCAGGAAAAGACGGAAAGACUAAAUUCGCAAUCGAGAAUGCGAGUCGGACACGUGUGGUUCUCGCAGACCAAAAGAUCCAUAUCCUUGGCGGAUUCAAGAACAUCCACAUCGCUCGGGAGGCUAUUGUUAGCUUGAUUUUGGGUAGUCCUCCGGGCAAGGUUUACGGUAACCUGCGUACUGUGGCAUCACGCAUGAAGGAACGUUUCUGA